UGCCUCCGCGCGCCGGGCUGUCACUGCGUGAUUUCACUGAGAAGACUUCGGGAGGAGCUGGAGACAAAACAAAGUGGAAUUUCUCACCUCCUGCGUAAAACUUUACACACAAGCAGCGCGUAAAGGUCAAAGGCGCGGAGAGAGGAGGAGGAGGAGGAGGCGCACAGGAGCGCGUGAGUGAGAAACAUGGACUGAGCAGAGGAGCAGAGGAGCUCUCUGUGAGUACGAUCUGAAAACUUCACCUGAAAACUCAGCCGAACUCUGAGAAACACCUGACUUUGGAUCGCUGGGACUUUUGGCACAGCUUUACGCACGGCUGCGCGCGGCUCCCUUUUCCUCCAGCUCCCGCUGCGGAGACUUCACGGUCAAGUUGUGAGCUGGACAUGAGUGAUAAAACAAAAGGACAGUAAAUCAGAGAGGAGAGGAGAGGUGAAGCGAGGACAGCGCAGGUUGGGGGGGCUCGAGUUUCUGCCGCUCCGGGGGCUGCUGCUGUCCCUGCGUCCAUCUGACCCGACAGAGGUUGUCAACAAGAGCCGCGCGCAGAGGCGGACUGGCAGGUGGACGCGCUCGUGUCCAUGCAGACGUAUAUUCACUCCACUAUAUAUAGAAGUGGACCUUAAUAAGUUCCUCCUCCCACCCAGCGAGCCUGCAGCAGCUCCGCGCACCGGGCGCGUGCCUAUAUAUACACCGUCCGGGCUUUAAUCCCCUCCGCAAUCUGUAUCCCAGAGGGCCGCCCGCCGUCGCUUUGGCUGUGAGGGCCGGAGUCGUCGCGUGGACUGACAUGGCCACGGAUCUCGCCAUGAGCGCGGAGCUGCCCAACAGCCCUCUGGCCAUCGAGUACGUCAACGACUUCGACCUGAUGAAGUUCGAGGUGAAGAAGGAGCCGCUGGAGGCCGAGCGCUUCUGCCACCGCCUCCCGUCCGGCUCGCUGUCCUCCACCCCGAUCAGCACGCCCUGCUCCUCCGUGCCUUCGUCGCCCAGCUUCUGCGCCCCGAGUCCCGGCGCGCAGCCCAACCCGGGCCUCCCCGGCGGCGCGGGCGGCGGCGGCGUGAACGGCGGCGGCGGCGGCAACGCGCACAGCGGCGCGGGGAAGCCUCAGCUGGAGGACCUGUACUGGAUCCCCAGCUACCAGCACCACCUGAACCCCGAGGCGCUCAACCUGACCCCGGAGGACGCGGUGGAGGCCCUGAUCGGCAACGCGCACCACCACCACCACCACCACCAGGCCUACGAGGGCUUCCGCGGCCAGCAGUACGUCGGGGAGGACCUGUCCGCGGCCUCGGCCGCGCACCACCACCAGGCCCACCACCAUCACCACCACCACCACCACGCGCGCCUGGAGGACCGCUUCUCGGACGAGCAGCUGGUCAGCAUGACGGUGCGCGAGCUGAACCGGCAGCUGCGCGGCUUCAGCAAGGAGGAGGUGAUCCGCCUGAAGCAGAAGCGGCGCACGCUGAAGAACCGCGGCUACGCGCAGUCCUGCCGCUUCAAGCGCGUGCAGCAGCGGCACAUGCUGGAGACGGAGAAGUGCACCCUGCAGAACCAGGUGGAGCAGCUGAAGCAGGACGUGGCGCGCCUGGCCAAGGAGCGGGACCUGUACAAGGAGAAGUACGAGAAGCUGGCCAGCCGGACCUACGCUGGACCCGCGAGCACCAGAGACCCGUCCGGGAAACAGGCCGAGUUCUUCAUGUGAGGAGGAGCAGCCGAGCUCCCGCGCCUCCCUUCUCCCCCCCAGAACACUCUGCUGACGUGAACUGAUAUUUUUCUGCGGUUGUGUUUUUGUUUACAUUUAUUCCCUGAGAGUCAGACUCGGUGYGCGAAUCUGUGAGUCUUAAAAAAAGAUGUGAGAAACUUUUCGGAUGUCCGCGAGGCAGUGGCGGUUCUAGCGGGGGUGGUCCGGAGGGUCCGACACCCUGUUUGCAGGUUCAGUUUUCUACAUUUUUACACAAAGUCCGGAACUUUCGUCGCUUCAGAAUUCUUCCCACGAGUUAAACAGAAAAGUGGUCUCCAGCAGGAAGUUAGGAGCUCAGGCAGGUCAGUUCUCAUUCAGGUCCAACUUUUAGGCCCAGUUUUCUACAUUUUUACACAAAGUCCAGAACUUCCAUGGCUUCAGAAUUCUUCCCACGACUUAAAUUUACAAACGGUCUCCAGCAGGAGGUUUAGAAGCUCAAUCAGGUCAGUUCUCAUUCAGGUCCAACUUUUCCGGCCGAACUUCCGUCCGUCUCUAGAUCCGCCACUGCCGGGACGGAUCAGGUCUCCUGUCAGAAGUCUUACCGGACCCGUGACGGUCCGAACCCACAGGAAGUGACGUUUUGUGUGGCAGGAAACCGAAUGUUUGUUUUUUUUAAAGACUGAACAAAAAGCMGCCUCUCCCAGCUGCAGACUGUUGGAGGAGGUGAUGUGAUGCAGAAACUUUCAGUAAUGCAAGUGUAAUAACACCCCCCA